UUUAAAGUAGUGAUACAUUUGGUUAUAUAUGACGAAGAGCUACAGAGAUGCUCUCCAUCCAUGCAGCUGCUCUUCUAACCGUGCUGAUUAAACGCUACCCCCUGUACUUAUUGAUACAUUUGCUUUGGACUGGUGUAACUGUUUCAGGAAAUCGAGAAUUGCAGGAAUUAAUUAAACCACAAAAGGUCGAAUUUCACUCAUUAAACUUCAACAAUACUUUGCAUUGGCAUCCUGGGAGGGCUGCCACAGGUGACAUCAUCUACUUUGUGCAGUACAAAGUAUAUGGGCAAAGCCUAUGGAAAAAUAAAGAAGAAUGUUGGGGUAUUCAUGAAGUUUUUUGUGACCUAACACAUGAGACAUCUGAUAUCGGAGAACCUUAUUAUGGCAGAGUGAAAUCUCUUUCAGCUGGAGUCCAUUCAGAUUGGAUCACCAGUAGCAGAUUUACUCCGUGGAGGGAAACAAAAAUAGGACCUCCAUCAGUAAAUGUGACUCCUAGAAACAAAUCCAUAAAAUUAAAGCUCCAGGCUCCAAAUUCACCUUAUACAAGGAGAAGAGGCAGCAAGAUACCAAUGACAAACUAUUAUGAUCUAUCCUAUCGAGUGUUUCUAAUCAGCAACAUGCUAGAUGAAAAAAACAAAAUACUGGUGUAUGAAGGAACAGACAAAAUUGUUAAAAUAGAAGGUUUGAAACCUGAAGUCAGCUACUGCAUAGUGGUUGCAACCUACUUGCCAGUGCUGGACCGCAGCAGUGUGUACAGCAGUAGGAAAUGCACGGUACCUCUAUGACAUGGUAAGUGAACAAAAGAGGAGCUGCAUGGGAUCCCAGAAGCUAGAGAUGGUAAAGACCUACCAAACUACCUAGUCCAUGCCCUUGCCAACACAAGAUAGAACAAAAGGUCAUAUGAAACUGCUACUGUAUUUGAAACUCAAGCAAUAUACCCAAAGCUUUCACGCACUUCUCUCAAAAGCAGAAGAAAUAUGGUAGGUACAGUACGUUUGAUUAUUUGCUUGUUGACAUUAGUGCUUAGAUCACCAGGAAAAACCCUCAUAUAAAUAGAUUAGGAAUGCCCCUUAUUUCCCUGUGAUUAAAUAUAGAUACACAGUAUUAUUUCCAUCAGCUUUGAUGGCCUGGAAGUAACAAAUAACUCAGACCUGUAACUUAGGGUAUGUCUACACUUGCAGAGUUUUUGCACUGUAAGUUUCACCGGUGAUAGGAAACCAGUGAAAGUAAAGCGCUGGUUUGUGUACUCACUUAAUUCUUCAGGCUUCAGACAGUGUUUGCCUUAGCAGCACUUGCAUCACCGAUGAGAGCAGUGCUCUAGGGCAGCUAUCCCACAGUGCAGCGCUCUCGAUAGGUCUGGAGGGGUGGGGGAGUUUGAGUAAAAGGCAUUCUGGGUCCCUGCUCUGUCCCCUUUGAUGCACUGGUUCAUGUCCCAGCAGCCCCAUUACUUUCUUGUUUCUUUCACGACAUUUUUUAAAACCCCCUGCUGUCUGGCUUCUUUCCCUGCCACAUCUACAAUCAGGAAUGGAUCCUGCACUGCUGUCCACUAUUCUGAUAGCUGUCACUUGCACAUCGCACAUAGCAGUGCAGCUGUUCUUAAACUUGCAAAGAGAACUGCAGUCAGAGUUGCCCGGUGAGCUGCCUGAAAUGGAAAUAAGUAACAUUCGAUUGCUUUUGGCAUUAGCUGAGGACCCGAGCACUGUGGACCCGAGCACUGUGGACCCGGUGUUUUUGGGCUAGGGAAACUAGCUCAGAGUGGUGGGAUUGUAUCAUUAUGCAUGUCUGGGAUGACGACCAGUGGCUUCAAAACUUUCGGAUGCGGAGAGCCACCUUCAUGGAACUGUGUACUGAGCUUUUCCUAGACCUGUGUCGCAAGGACACCAGACUGAGAGCUGCACUCACUGUCGAGAAGCUUGUGGCAAUCACAUUGUGGAAGCUGGCGACUCCAGACAGCUAUCGGGUGGUUGCAAACCAGUUUGGAAUGGGAAGAUAGACCAUUGGUGACAUGGUAACUCAAGUGUGCAAGGCCAUUAAUCGCAUCCUACUGCACAAGACCGUGACUCUUGGAAAUGUGCGUGACAUUUUGAAUGGCUUUGCAGAAAUUUGCUUCCCUAACUGUGGUGGAGAGAUAGAUGGAACCCACAUCCCUAUUGUUGCCCCGGCCCACCUUGGCACAGAGUACAUAAAUUGUAAGGGGUACUUCUCCAUGGUUUUUCAGGCACUAGUGGAUCAUCAUGAGUGUUUCACUGAUAUUAAUGCUGGGUGGUCCAGAAAGGAUGUAUGACGCAUGUAUCUUUAAAAACACUGGCCUGUACAGAAAGCUGCAAAUGGGGACUUUCUUUCCAGACCAACGGCUCACUGUUGGGGAAGUGGAAUUGCCCAUUGUGAUCCUGGGAGACCCAGCUUACCCACUGAUGCCAUGGCUCAUGAAGCCAUACACAGGAAACUAGAUGUCAGUAAGGAAUGUUUCAACAACAGGCUGAAUAGGUGCAAAAUGGCUGUCGAACGUGAAUUUGGCUGUUUGAAAGCGCGCUGGAGAUAUUUGUAUUGUAGACUAGAAAUGAGUGAGGAAAAUAUUCCCACAGUUAUUGCGGCGUGCUGUACUUUACAUAACGUUUGUGAGGGGAAGGGCGAAAGGUGUACUCAUACGUGGAGCCUGGCGGCCGAACGCCUGGCUGCUGAGUUUCAGCAGCCAGAUACUUGGGCUAUUAGAGGGGCACAACGUGUGGCAGUUAGGAUCCGGGAUGCCUUGGGGGGAAAGUUUUUUUGAAAAUGAAAAUCAUUAAACUUUGCUGCUAUGCUUGGGAAAGGAAGUGUCAACAGCACGUGCUGUGCUGCCUGGCGGUUCUGUCUGCGAUUUCAGUGACGUUGAAGUGCUAGAUGACUUGUAGCUGUGCUGACGUGUACAGAAAUGUGAACACACAAAUAAAGCUCGCUUCUUUUU